AUGGACCGCCGUCCGCCACUCGCCGUGUCCCCGCGCCGCCUCCGCCCGCGCCCGCACCGGGUGCCCCGCCCGCCCCUCACGCCGGCCUCCUCCGUGCAAACGCCUCCAGGAUCGAUGAAGAAGGCGGCGGCGGCCCUGAUGAGCGCGUCCGUCUGCGCGAUCCCGUCGCCGGUCCGCUUCGAGCCCAGCCCGAUGCGCGCCUCCAUCUCCGCCCUCCCGUCGCCGAUCCGCGCCGAGCCGAGCCCGAUGCGUGCGAGCAUGACCUCCGCGCUCCAGCCCCCAAGGCGCGUCAAGCUCGACCUGACUGUCGCGACGAGGGCGGCGGCGGCCGAGAAGGAGAACUUCCUUCCCGCCGCGGGGCCGCCGUCGCCGCCCCCGGCGGCGAGGGCGAGGGCGGGGUUCGAGAAGGAGAACCUCCUCCCGCCUGGCGCGGACGCCCACGACGAGCUGGUGGCGCUCAACCUCGCCGCGAUAGCCGCGGGCACGCCGGCUGGCGGCCCGCUCUUCGUGCGCGGCAGGCUCUACGACGUCUACUCGGCGCGCCGCGACGAGCGGCUCAAGCGCAAGCAGGGCUUUCCCUACUACUGCGAGGAGUUCGCGCCCGCGGCCUCGGUGGACCCCGAGGUGAUAGCUGAGGACCCCUGUGUCGCCGUCGAGCUGUCCAAGCGCCGCGUCGCCAAGAAGGCCUACACCGCCAGCGGCGCCGAGUUCGUGAGGAGGUCUGCGCCAGCAGUCGACUUCGCGGCGGGCCACGGCGGAGGCCUGGGGCUGAGGUCGUCACUCAGGAGCAGCAAGGAGAUGAAGAAGCCUUCCGCCGCGUCCGGCGCCUUUUCCGUGGCCAUCAAGGAGAGGAGGGUCACCCCCAGGUCGUCGGCUCGCCGGUUCUGA